GAAUUAUUCCCGCAUCUUAACAGGUAUUGAAUAAAUAUGCUGUUGUCAAUAGGAAUGCUGAUGUUGUCUGCCACUCAGAUAUACACUAUUGUGACUGUACAGUUAUUUGCCUUCCUGAAUCUUUUACCUGUGGAGGCAGACAUUUUAGCAUAUAACCUUGAAAAUGGAACCCGGACUUUUGAUGAUUUACCUGCUAGAUUUGGCUAUAGACUUCCAGCAGAAGGCUUGAAGGGAUUUCUGAUAAAUUCCAAACCAGAGAAUGCAUGCGAGCCUAUAGCCCCACCUCCGCUGAGAGACAACUCCUCUGGUGCUUUUAUUGUGUUAAUCCGAAGGCUGGAGUGCAACUUUGAUGUCAAGGUCUUAAAUGCCCAGAGAGCUGGAUACAAGGCAGCAAUAGUUCACAAUGUUGAUUCUGAUGACCUCAUAAGCAUGGGAUCCAACGACAUUGAGAUUUUAAAGAAGAUUGACAUUCCUUCUGUCUUUAUUGGUGAGAUGUCAGCUAAUUCGCUUAAAGAGGAGUUUACUUAUGAAAAAGGUGGCCAUGUUGUGUUAAUCCCAGAGUUCAGUCUUCCUUUGGAAUACUACUUAAUUCCUUUCCUAAUAAUAGUAGGGAUCUGUCUUAUUCUCAUCGUCAUAUUUAUGAUAACAAAAUUUGUUCAGGACAGACACAGAGCAAGAAGGAAUCGGCUUAGGAAGGAUCAGCUUAAGAAACUUCCCAUACAUAAGUUUAAGAAAGGAGAUGAAUACGAUGUGUGUGCCAUCUGUCUGGAUGAAUAUGAGGAUGGAGACAAGCUCAGGAUCCUUCCAUGCUCUCAUGCAUAUCACUGCAAGUGUGUGGAUCCGUGGCUGACUAAAACAAAGAAAACCUGUCCUGUGUGUAAGCAGAAAGUGGUCCCUUCCCAGGGGGACUCUGACUCGGAGACAGACAGCAGCCAAGAGGAGAAUGAAGUGUCUGAGAACACUCCUCUGCUCAGACCUUUGGCCUCGGUCAGCACACAGUCUUUCGGGGCUCUGUCAGAGUCCCAUUCCCAUCAGAACAUGACCGAGUCCUCGGAGUAUGAGGAGGAUGACAAUGACAACGUUGAUAGCAGUGAUGUGGAAAAUGGGAUGAAUGAAGAAAGUGUAGUGGUUCAGCUGCAGCCCAGUGAGGACAGGGAGUACAGAGUGGCAAACACUGUCUGAGACUACUAAUGACCCAUAGGUGUAUGAACAAAAGGGUUCUUAAGGCUAUUUACAAACCUUUGCAUAGGGAAUCUGUUUUAAUCUGUAAUCCAUUUGGUUUGUUUGAUAGGCACAGCAGUUCAUGUAGUAGUACUCUGGUUAAAUCAUUACAGGUAGAUUUAUUUUUGAUUCAGGUAUUAAGUCACACAUUCUGUUUUCUCAAAACCAACAGUUAAACUGGACUUCACUAUGCUAAUGAAUAAUGAGAAUAGUUUGUAUCAAUAGAAAUAUCACAGAAAUGCUAAACGUCCCUUGUUGAAACGGGAUUUCUCUGGAAAUACUUUUAUUUCCAUUUUGUAGCUACAACUGGGUCAUCCUGAGAGCAAUAUUUAUUACAUGUAGAUAUGUGUUACCCCUUAGGCCCAACAAAAACUGUAUUUGCAUGUUUGUAUAGUUUUCCUAAAAAUUGUCACCACUGCUGAACAGAAAAUGUAGAACAGAUCAAUAUUCUAUGUGCUGGUAUGUCAUAACAAAGCAGAAGAAAUUCCACUUUUAUUUCAAAGCAGUGAUUCUAAAUAAUCCUUUGGAGUUUGCCAUGGUAGCUGAGUUUAAGCAGUUCCAUUGAGCAAUUCCCAGGAUAAGGAAACUUAAUCUAUGUUUAGUUUUGAGAAAUUCACAAGGUCAGGUCCACCAAAAGCACACUAAUUGUCCCUCCUUGCUACUGCUUCGUCGUCUGGUUUCCAGUGAGGAGGUGGGAGUUGGGAGACAACUGAGACAGAGGUUUUGUUCCACACAGAAAAAGAAGUUUAGGGUAAGUAUUCUCUUGAUCCUUGGCUCAUAUACCUCUUACUAAGAGCAUUUUAUGCUGCAUUACUCUGCUAAACUGUAUAUAAAAAAUUGUUCUUUUCAAAUACCUGAUUUGAAAACAAGUGCUUACACCUGUCUCACAGAACUCAGUACUUACCAGUGUAUCACAAAAGAAGGUAGAUUCUAUAUAAUACCUCUGUAACUAUGUAGAAAGUAAAACCAUGCAUAUACUCAAAUGGAGAUUUUUUAUAUGGCCUUGACUAAGGAAAGCUUGAAAGAAUGUUAAUAAACAUGUUUUCCACUUUAAA